CGCGGGGGGGUGGGCCCUUCCCCACUCGACAGCUGCAGCCGACGUCGGAAUGACGCUUGGGGUUGCAUCAGGCAAUGGAAUUGGCGGUGUCUCACUAACAGAUUGUGACCAGGAUCCAACGCGAUAAGCCACCUAUCUGUUAAGCAAGCUUGGGCCACCCUCUUUUUCACUCUGCCGCGGGAGAAUCGCCCCUUCAUCAUGGACAAGUCCCGCAUUUCCAUCUUUCGCCCUCAAAUCAAUUUUCUUUGAAGCAGUUCAACCCUCGAUUUCUAUCAACGCAAAUAACACCUGAUAUUCCGUCCAUUCCAUAUCAAGUCUACGACGACUACUUCCUAUCACACCUCCCGAAUCAACCCCGGCACACAAUACAACAAACAUCAUGCUUUCCAGAACAGCCCGCGCCGUGGGUGGCCGUGUCCUCGCCCAGUCCCUGCGCCCGGUUGCCAUCCCCGUUGCCCGCCAGUUCGCCCCGAUUGUUUCGCGCCCUGCGACACGCCAGUACCACGAAAAGGUGAUUGACCACUACUCGCGUCCCCGAAAUGUCGGCACAUUAGACAAGAAGGACAAGUCCGUUGGUGAGGGCUUAGUUGGUGCGCCUGCAUGCGGUGACGUUAUGCGUCUGCAUAUCAAGGUCGAUCCCGAGACACAAGUCAUCAGUGAUGUUCGGUUCAAGACAUUCGGCUGUGGUUCUGCCAUUGCUUCUUCCAGUUACCUUACCGAGCUCGUCCGCGGCAUGACCCUCGAUCAAGCGUCCAAGGUUAAGAACACGGAGAUUGCCAAGGAGCUUUGCCUUCCACCAGUCAAGCUUCACUGCAGCAUGCUUGCCGAGGACGCCAUCAAGUCUGCUAUCAAUAACUACUACAAGAAGAACCCGCAAGUAAAGCCAACAAACCUUGCCGGGACAGGCGCCACUCUGGAGUCUGUUGCUGCUUAGAGGAUUGGUUGAUGCUUGGAUGUAGUACUGUUGUUGGACCGCAAAAGAUUUUGGAUUGAACAGCCGAGCUCGCCAUCAUCCGAAGGAUGGUAGGGCAUUGACUGUGCUGGUGGCCGUUUUAUGCGAAGGUUUUCGUUUUUAGCAUUUGUUCUUGGGUUGCUUGCCGUGUUUAUGAGAUUGGGGUUGGCAACAAAUGUUUUGGCAUGCGUAUGUACAUGUAUGGAGUGUGACGCCCCCUCAUAGCGGAGUACGGCCGGAGUUUGUGGUUUUUGCUGGGGCUUUAUUACCAACGGCAACGGGAAUCUUCUGAUCAUAGCUGGAGUAUGUCUGGAAAUAAGAUCUCUUCAACUCUUGUCCCUGUCUAAUCUUUUGG